AUGAAAAGUAACUUAUUUACGUAUGAAAAUAUUUUUAAGAAUAAAAAUAUAAAUAUAAUUGAUAAAAUUAAAGAAAAAAGGAAAAGCACACAGGACUUCAAUGAUGUAACCAUAAAAGAAAAGGAAAAUGAUAAUUUCCAUAUAAAUAACAAGGAUAUACAAAUUGAGACAAGUAACCAAAAAGAGAAUGAAGAAAAUAUACAUAUAGAUAAAAAUAAUAUUAAUAAUGAGGAUAUUUGUAAAAAUGAUAAAAAUGUAGAUAUUUGUCAAUCUUUAUUAGGUCAGAAUAAUUUGGAAUAUACAAAUAAUAAUACAAAUGGAUUUAAUAAUAUAUCAGAAGAUAAUUUUCAUAAUUUUAAAUUAAAAAAAAAAAAAAAUGACAUAUCUUCUCUUUUUGAUGAUAAUACAUAUGAUAAAGAUAUAGCUUAUAAUGAAAAGGAAGAAAAGGAAGAAAAGGAUGAAAAGGAAGAAAAGGAAGAAAAGGAAGAAAAGGAUGAAAAGGAUGAAAAGGAAGAAAAGGAAGAAAAGGAUGAAAAGGAAGAAAAGGAUGAAAAGGACGAAAAGGAUGAUAAACGUUUUGAUAAAAAUUUUGAUAAACAUUCAUUUUUCUUAUCACCUUCUGUGGUUAUCGAACCACAAGAAGAAUUUUCUUCUUAUAUAAAUAGCAUAAAUAAUAAUAAAAUGAGCAACAACAAUAGCAAUAAUAAUGAUGAUGAUAUAAACAACACUUAUAGUAAUAAUAGGAAUCAUAUUUUUUGUGAUGAGGUGCAAAAUUUUAAUGUAAUAGAUCAAAGAGAAAAUAAAAGUAAUGAAAAUUUCCAUAUAAAUAAAAAGGAGAAUGUAGAAAAUCAUUUUAAUAAUGAUUAUAAAAAAGAUUUUUUAGUAGAUCAGAAUUAUAAUGAUGAAUAUCCUAAUGAGGAUAUAAAUAAAUAUAUGAAUAAUAAUGAAGGAGAAAAAUUAAUUAUUGAUAAAGAAAAACAAAAUAAUGGAGACAAUUAUCAUCAUGGUAAUAAUAUAAAAAUUUGUGAACAAUUAAAUAAGGACCCAUUAAUAAUUUAUUCGCAUAAGACAUAUUUGCAUGAUUAUAAUUUAAAUGAUACAAGUAGUGAACAUAUAAAUAUUGAAAAUUUAUUAAAAGAUAAAAAUGACGAACAAGAACAAAAUAAAAGUGAUAAUAAUCAAAAGGAUUAUGAUAAAAUUACUGAAAGGAUAAGUUUAAAUAAUAAUAUGGAUAACAAUUCUUUUAUAUGUAAUAACAAAAAUGAAAGAAAAGAUUGUGAAUACAAUGAAAAGGAAAAAGAGCAUAUGAAAAUGAAUAUUCACAAUAUUCACAAUAUUCACAAUAUUCACAAUAUUCACAAUAUUCACAAUAUUCACAAUAUUCAUAAUAUUCAUAAUAUUCCUAAUAUUCCUAAUAUUAAUAAUAAUAAGUGUGAUUAUGAUGAUAUGAACAUGUAUCAUAAAGGUGAUAAUUUACAUAUGAAUGUAACUACCAUCAGAGAUAAUAAAAACAAUCAUGAUAUUAAUCUUAAAAAUGAUGAUAUAAACAUACAAGGUGUUAAUAAAAAUAUACAUGUUAGUUUUUGCUUUGGUAAUAAUGGAACUUUUUUUUAUAGUAAAAAUUCAAAGAUUAAGUAUCAGUAUUUAAUUAACAUAAUAGAGAUAAAUAUGAACAAAAAAAGAAAGAAGCAUAUAAAUAUUGAAAAGAAGAAUGAUGAAAAUAAUAUUAAUAUUAAUGGUAAUACUAAUAUUAAUAUUAAUAGUAAUAGCAAUAGUAAUAACAAUAUUGAUAGUAAUGAUAUAUACCAAUGUCAUAAUAAUAUGGAGAAGUUCAUUUAUUGCAUAAAAAACUUCCCAGGGCCCUUCAGCAGAAAAAGUAAUAAAGUAGACCAUAAAAUAGAAGAAUUUUUAAAGGGAUAUAUAAAUAUGAAUAAAUCAAGAACAACAAAUGAUAAUAUUUUUGAAGAUAUUCAAAAGAAUUGUUUAUAUAAUUAUUUAUUAAAUAUUUUAAAAAAACCAUAUUUAACUAAUUUUAAUUUAAAAGAAAUUUCAAUUGAAAAAAAAAAUGAUACAAAUAAAAAUAAUAAUAAUAAUAAUAAAGGAAAUAAUAUUAUUUCGUAUUUUUUAGAUAAUUAUCAAGACAAAAAAGAUAUAAAAGAUAAUUUAUAUUCAUCUGAUUAUUUUAAUGAUGAUGAUGAUGAAGAUGGAGAUAGUUUAUCGAAUAAUGAAAUGGAUGAAUUUGAUAUAAAUGAAUAUGUUCAAAAUGAUUCUAAUAAAAUAAAAAAAUAUGAUGAAACAAAAAAAAAUAACAAUCAUAUAAAUAUGUAUAACCAUACAAAUAAUAAUAGUAAUAAUAUUAUAAUGAAUAAUCAUUUAUAUAAUGGUAACAUGAAAUAUAUGUUUCAAAUGAACAAUAAUGUUGAUAAGACAGAAAAAAAUGUAUUAAAUAAAGAGGAGAAAAAAUGCUACACUGAUAUUUAUGAAAAUAAUAAAAAUAUAAAUGAUAUAUGUAUAAAUAAUAAUACUUAUCUUUUUUUUGAUUUUAUAAAUAAAGAAUUUAUUAUGGAAUUAUAUAAACUAGAAAAUAAAAAUGAACGUAUUACUCAUGAUGAUAUAUAUUUAUUAUAUUUUCAUAUGUGUAUAUAUAAUAGUAAGAAAGCUACAAACAUUUGUAUAAAAAAAGAAUUAUAUAAAUAUUUCUUUUUGGUUUUAAGAAAAUAUAAUAAAAAGAAAUAUUAUAAAAUGUUAGAUAAAUAUAUUAGUUAUAUCAAGAGGUCGAUUAAUAAUGAAUUAGAAAUGAAAAACGAUAUGAAAAAUAUUUACAAAAUAUAUAAUUAUAAUAUAUAUGAUGAAAUAUGUACUGAAGCUUUUGUAUUCUUUUUAUGUAUAUUGAAUAAAAAAAAUAUGGUUUUUAAAAAAGAUAUAUUAGUUAAUUAUUGGUAUGUAUUUUAUACAUUAAUUUUUCAUAAUUUUAUAUUUCAAUAUAAGGAAAAUGAAAUUCAGUUUGACGAUUAUAAAGAAGAUAUAAUUAAUUUUUUUAUAUAUCUUAUACAUUUAUUAUAUGAGAAAAAAAAAAAUGCAGAAGCGCAAUUUUUACUUUUGUUAAUAUCGAACAAUCCUUUUGUGUUUGCCUUUUCACCUUGUAAAAAAAAUGAUGAUAAUAAUUUAGAGGACAUUAAUAAUAUUCAUAGUGCUAAAUAUUGUAGUAAUAAAAUUUAUAGUGAUCAUAUUGAUGGUAAUAAUAAAAAUAUUAAUAUUAACAAUAUUAAUAGUAUUAAUAGUAUUAAUAAUAUUAAUAAUAUUAAUAAUAAUAAUAAUAAUUACAUUCGUAGUAAUAAUAGUCAUAAUAAUAAUUACACUCAUAGUAACAAUUUUUAUAAGCAUUCACACAUAGAAGAAUCCAAUGGUGUUGGUUAUUGUGGAUUGUUGAAUUCUCAUUUUGAUAUUAUGUGCUUUCAAGUUAGUGAUAUAUAUGAAUAUAUGUGUAGAUAUGAAAAAGAUGAUUUUUUUUUUGAACAGCUUAUUUUUUAUAAAAUUAUAUAUGCAUACAUUUUAUUAGAAUAUGGUAUUCUUUCACAAGCACAACGAUAUGUAGAAAUAUUAUAUUAUUACAUUGAUGUAAUAAAAAAUGACAGAAAAAAAAAUUCGUAUUUAUUAUAUUUAUAUGAUACCUUAUUAGAUAGAACAAAAUAUAUAUUUACAACAACAAAUAAAGAUAUCUUAUCAUUACAAAGAAAGUCAUAUAUCCCCAGUGAUGAUAUUAUAUAUACUUAUAAGUUUAUAUCUAAUUCUGGCAUCACUACAACAAUACCUAGAGAUAAUAUGACCGAUCAUUUUAUGGAUAAUAAUUAUAGUAAUAAUAUGAAAGGAUAUGUAAAUUAUAAUAAUAUGAAUGAUACUAAUGUUAAUUAUAUAAAUGGAUAUACAACUAUCAAUACUGACAUAAGUGCAUUUAAUAAUUCUCCUAUACAUAAUAGAAAUAAAACUAUACAUUUACAAACACAAGAAAAUAUAAAUGAAUAUUAUAAUGUAAAAACAAAUAGAACAGUAACAGAUUAUUUAGGAAAAAAAAAUGUUGAUUCCAACAUAAAAGAAGAGGGACAUCAAACCUCAAUGUUUGAUAUAUUUAAAAAUAAUUAUAAUAAUCAAUCUUAUAAUGAAAAUGAGAACAUUCAAUCAUGUGAUAUGUUAAAUGGUGAUAGUAGUACAAAUAUGAAUAUGGAUAGUUCCAAUGUUCAUAUUCAAAAUGGAUCUGCAAGUGUUCAUCAAACGAUCAAUAAUAAUAUAUACCACAAUAAUAAUAAUAAUAAUAAUAUGUAUCAUAAUAAUAAUAUGUAUUAUCACCAUAAUAAUAAUAUAUAUCAUCACCAUAAUAAUAAUAAAAAUUAUGCUUAUGAACAUGCUUCGUCCAAUGUAAACCCUUCCUCAUAUUUUGCCUCAGAACAAAAUGAGGCACCUUACAAUUUUACAAUUGACAAUAAUAAUAAUAAUAAUAAUAAUAAUAUAGGAACAAAUUAUAACCUCUCAAAUGUAAAUAGUAAUACGCAUCAUCAUAUGUAUAAUGAUAUAAAUAAACAUGUAAGUACACAUGAGAAAAGUAUUGAAGGUACAUAUAAUUAUAAUGUUCAUAAUAAUAAUAAUAAUAUAACAUCUGUGUAUUCUCAAAACUUUUCAAAUGUUGUAGAACAAAAUAAUAAUGUUAAGGACACGUUCCAAGUUCAAAAUGAAAAUGGAACCAUGUGUGGUCCAUUAAAUGCUCAUAUAAAUACGCAUAAUUCUUUAUAUGGUAAUACAAAAAAUAUAGAAGAAAAUGUUACCAACAAUAUAAAAAAAAAAGAUGACAAUAUGAAUGUAAGGAAUAAUAAUAUGAAGAUUAAUAAUAUAAAUCUCCAAAAUUGUCGUGAUAAUAAUUUAUCAUCAUCACAAGAACAGCAACAAUCUGCAAAUGAAAAUAACAUGGAUCUUAUAAAUAUGGGCAAAAGUUUUAUUUCGGGUUUCUUUUCAAAUAUAAAGGAAAAAAUUAAAAAAACUGAAUAUAUGCAGGAAGAAGAAGAAGAAGAAAAUAUUUUCUAUUAUGAUUAUGAAAAAAAACGUUGGAGAGAAAAAGGUGUAACUUCUGAUGAAGAAAAGGAAAGAGAAAAGCAAAAAUUAGAAAAACAAAUGGCUAUGAAAAAUAUAUCCCCACCACCUACUGGUUUAAAUUAUUCAUCAGAAAGAAAUAAAAAUCCUUUAAAUAUGACUGAUGUUCGUAGUAGGUAUGUUGAUUAUUUUAAUUAA